UUACUUUUGACUUGUAGAUGGCUGGUUCAAUAAUUUGGGACAUCUCCCGCACGUAAUGUGCUGGAGGUACUUCGGGUUCGGGCUUCUGGUAUGAAAAAGAGCAAGCGAAUUGGGCAUAUGCUAGGUGACACAGACAUGGGGAUAGAUUUCUGUCGGUUUUGCUUUGAUCUCAAUACCGUUGGGGUAGGCACUGGGCUUUUGUUCUCAACAGUCAGUUUUCCUAAGGGCUGCUUUUAUUUGCUUUUAUUUCGACCCUUGAUCGACUUCAACCUACUUUCUUGUUGAUUUUUAAUACCAACGACCGAGAUUUUCUGGCAGACGAAAAUGCAAAACUCCUUGCCAACCAAA